AUGGAUGGGAUAUGGAAGAGAGAAGAAGAAAAGAGAGGGAAAAUAUUACAUCGUGUUCGAGUGGAUGAGCAUUUGGAGCGUGCGGCAAUGGCGGAUCGGAGUCGAACUUUUCUGAAAGGAGAAGUAGUAACUUACGCUUACAUUCUCCUUUACAUUGCUCUAUCCAGUGGCCAGAUCUUCUUUAACAAGUGGGUUUUGUCAUCUAAGGAAAUAAACUUUCCUUAUCCUCUUGGAUUGACUCUGCUUCACAUGGUCUUCUCCUCUGUUUUGUGUUUUGUACUAACCAAAAUUUUCAAGGUUAUGAGGGUUGAGGAAGGAAUGACAAUAGAAAUAUAUACAACUUCAGUUAUUCCAAUUGGUGCGACAUUUGCAAUGACUCUUUGGCUGGGAAACACAGCAUACCUGUAUAUAUCUGUGGCUUUUGCACAAAUGUUGAAGGCUAUCAUGCCAGUAGCUGUUUUUGUUCUUGGAAUAGCAGCUGGGCUUGAAAUGAUGAGCUGCAGAAUGCUUUUAAUAAUGUCAGUGAUAAGCUUCGGUGUUCUAGUGGCUUCUUAUGGAGAAAUAAAUAUCAGCUGGAUUGGAGUUGUGUACCAGAUGGGUGGAGUUGUUGGAGAGGCCUUGAGACUUAUUUUUAUGGAGAUCCUGGUGAAGAGGAAGGGUCUGAAAUUAAACCCUGUAUCUGUCAUGUAUUAUGUCAGUCCCUGCAGCGCUAUUUGCUUGUUUAUUCCUUGGAUCUUUCUGGAGAAACCAAGGAUGGAAGCACAUGGGACAUGGAACCUUCAACCACUAGUGCUAUUGCUCAACUCUCUUUGUACCUUCGCUCUCAACCUAUCAGUUUUCCUUGUGAUCUCACAUACAAGUGCUCUGACCAUUCGUGUGGCUGGAGUUGUCAAGGAUUGGGUGGUUGUCUUGCUGUCUGCUCUUCUAUUUGCAGAUACAAAGCUAACAAUUAUAAACCUGUUUGGCUAUGCUAUUGCUAUUGUUGGUGUAGCAGCAUAUAACAAUCACAAGUUGAAGAAGGAAGCUGCUAAAGGUAGUUCUGAUGAAUCACAUCCUGAAUCCAUACCAUUGACUGAAUCAUCAACUUCCAACAGUUGA